GGUAAUUCUCUCCUUUUCCCAUCUCUUGGCAGAAUUGAGCAGUGCAUUCCCCAACUCAUUCAGAGAAAGAAGAAAUGAAAAGUUUGCAACUUCUUUCAUUUUUAUUGCUUUCUUAUAUCACCAUCCCAGCAAAUACAUAUGGAGGAAAGAAAAAAGAGGCACUGGAAUCGCAGAGUCAGCACACUAGGACAAAGAAAGAUCACCAAAACUUUGCAACCAAAUUUCGACUCUAUGCAGAUGCAACUAAAGAAGACUGUCGGAUUUUUUAUAACCAGUUGGAGACUCUUGAUAAAUGCAGUUUCAAUGCCUCUCUUCCUCUGGUGAUAAUAGUCCAUGGCUGGUCGGUGGAUGGAAUAUUAGAAAGCUGGAUUUGGAAAAUGGCAGCAGCUCUGAAGUCUCAGCAAAAACAAAUUAAUGUGAUCGUUGCAGACUGGCUUGUGUCUGCUCACCAGCACUACCCCAUUGCUGUACAGAAUACACGCUACAUAGGACAGGAGAUAGCCGACUUCCUGGAAUGGCUGGAGGAAUCCAUUCAGUUUUCCAGAAGUAAUGCUCAUCUAAUUGGGUACAGCCUAGGAGCUCAUGUUUCAGGAUUUGCUGGAAGUUUUAUCAGUGGUACGAACAAGAUUGGAAGAAUUACAGGCCUUGACCCUGCUGGUCCCUUGUUUGAAGGCAUGUCACCAACCGACCGGUUAUCUCCAGAUGAUGCAAACUUCGUAGAUGCGAUUCAUACAUUCACUAAACAGCAUAUGGGUCUCAGUGUUGGCAUCAAGCAGCCUGUGGCUCAUUUUGACUUUUACCCCAAUGGAGGCACCUUUCAACCUGGCUGUCACAUUAUGCAUGUGUAUAAUCACAUUGCAGAAUACGGAAUCACUGGCAUUGCUCAAACUGUGAAAUGUGCUCAUGAGAGGUCAGUUCAUUUGUUCAUCGACUCUCUGCUUCACAAUGACAAGCAGAGCACAGCGUACUGGUGCAAUGACAUCAACACUUUCAACAAGGGAAUGUGUCUCAGCUGUAGAAAGAACCGGUGCAACACACUGGGCUACAACAUCAGGGAGGAACGGCUCCCGAAAAGCAGACGUCUCUUUCUGAAAACAAGAGCUCGUAUGCCUUUCAAAGUCUAUCAUUACCAGUUCAAGAUCCACUUCAUCAAUGAAAUCCCAGGCAAGCAUUUAGAGCCAACUUUUGCCAUGUCUCUGACAGGCACUAAGGAGGAUGCUAAAAACUUGCCCAUCACACUAGCUGAAAGUAUAAAUGGGAAUAAAACCUACUCUAUUCUCAUCACCCUGGACACUGAUAUUGGUGAGGUAAUAAUGAUCAAGUUAAAAUGGGAAGGAACUGCAGUUUGGGAAAAUCUCUGGGACACAGUUCAAACCAUAAUGACAUGGACAAAAGGCACCCGUCAACCAGGCCUUAUAGUGAAGACAAUAAGAGUAAAAGCAGGGGAAACACAGCAAAAAGCGACAUUUUGUUCUCAAAGCAUUGACAACCUUCACCUUUAUCCAGCACAAGAAAAAACAUUUGUGAGAUGUGAAGAUCGCUUUCAGGGGCAAAACAGAAAAUGAGCAAGAACACAAAAAUCAACAACUCACCAAGACAUAUUCAAAAUAAUACACAUCUAGCAAAAUGUUAAAAAAACCCCACAGCUACACUGCAUCUAAAUAUCCUGCUAGUUUCAGAGGUGGUGAAGAAAAUAUACUGAAAAUUUAGAUUUUGUGAUGCAAUAGUAAACUGAAAUAGUGCUUUGUCCAUCUAGAAACCUACUCUCAAAGAGAUCAAUGAGUGAUUUCAAGGCAACUCUCAAUUUUAAAUUGUUUAAAGUUUUAGAGAAACAGCCGCUCACUAGGAAUGAAAGAAUUGCUCUUGGAAAGAAUCAUCUCCAUAAGCUUUGGAAAAUGAUAUUUUGUUCAAUUUAAGGG